AUGAGCAGCAGACAGAGGCCAGACAGACAGUCGGUGUGGUACACCAACUCAAGGAAGAAGACUUCAGGCACAGAAAAGCCAGGUGCCUCCAACGUCACAGGGGUGACCCAGCCUCCCUCCAGCCCCACUGAGAAGAGAAGAGGCAAGCAAAGGCCCUCCGUGAAGACCAGCGGAGAGCAUCGGCACCUGGACAUCCAGGGAAGCAGAGGGUCGGAUGCAGACAAGCUGUGUCCAUGUCCUAAUGAGACCAAGCACUUAGAGGAGAGAGGGAAGGACGUAGCUGGGGACAAGACGAGACAGCAGGAUAAGGAGGCUUUUCCUCAAGACGGGAAACACACCUGUCUGGAUUCGAAUCCAGAUGGCAGACAGAAAGAGCAGAAACAGUUGUGGGCGGCUGGCUCCACCUCUAGGAAGGGGGUUAUGUUAAUGUCCCCCCCAGGCAAGUGUGGGGACGUGAAAAAGUGCCACAGGGAGUUAGCAUUUGCCUUUGAAGAGUUGUUUGAAAGGAACCAAAAGCUGAGAAACCAGCAGAGUUUGCACUUUGAGUUGAGGCCCAGGAAGGGACAGAGUAGCACAGAGACAUCAGAGACCCAAAGAGAGAAGACCCGUCAGGCAGAGACAACGUCAUACAGGACACCCAGGGACCCCGUGGACGGCCACCAGACACCUUCCAAAGUCAACUUGAAGAAAUUACUAGACAAGAUUGAGACCCAAAAAUAUAGGUUGGCUAAGUGCACAUUUGACAAGAAAGACAAAAUGUCUAAAGUUAUUGUUAAGCACAAAGGUCAAGCCCUGUCUCCCGAGGCAGAAAUCUCUGUCAAUGGGGAGAACCUAAUCUUGUGCAGCCCUGAGUCUGAAAAAGAGCCCUCCGAAACCAGCUCACUGGCAAAGGGCAGUGGUCAGCUGAACCCUCGAGAACAAGCCGAUGGAGUGGGCAGGAGGGAGGCAAAGCAGAUGUCCACCCUAGAGAUGGCGCCCAUGAGACGAAAGCAGCUGGGAUUGCUGGAGUACAAGAAGCACCCGAAGGUGAAGGAAAUCCUCCAUGGCACCCAGGCAGAGGGCAAGAAAGCCCACUCAAAGCCUUCCACAGCGCUUGUCCAGGGGCAGGAGGGAGGGCAAGAGUCCAGCACCACUUCCGUCUCUGGCGUCAGCAACGUUCUCGAUGGCAGGCACAGUCAGAUGAUACUGGACCUUCAUCAGCAAAUUCUAGAGCAAAACAAAAUACAUAAACAGUUUCUCGAAGAAGUCAGGAAGCGCUCGCAAGAGUUUCAGAAGAUAUGCUAG